UUAUUAUUAUUAUUAUUAUUAUUGUUAUUAUUGUUUCAGAUAAAGAUGACGUUUAAAUCAUUGAUGAAUUUUGGUUCUUCAGGAAAAAUUCCUUACACACCUGUCGAUCGUUAUCACAGUGGAUGGGGUGAUUCUUAUCAUCACAGUUCUAAAGGGUUAUUAUCACACAAAUAUUAUGAAAAAAUCGUACCACUGGUGAUACAUGUGGCACAGAACGUGUUAAAAGAACUUCUUCAUCUUCUUCAUCUUCAUCAUCUUUUUCAUCGUCAAUUUCUUCUUUUUCAUCGUCAACUUCUUUUUUUUCAUUGUUUACAUUUCAGUGGUUAUAAAGGACACAAAGGUGGUGGUAACAAUGCUGCUUUGAGUGCUUUAACAUUACUUGCCUUUCUAUUUCUCAUAAACGUUAUGCAACAAUCAUUGCAAGACAAUAAUGCGACAACUACAACACCUACAACAACGUUGUUUUUAAGGGACGAGGAACAACCAAUCCUAUUGGACGCGAGAAAUGUUAAUAAAAAAAAGGACGACGAUAUUAUUAAUAACAAUCAACAACCAACGAAAUCUUAUGACAAAAAUUACGUCAGAUUGUAAUCGUUUUGAUUUGAAAUUAUUUUUUUUGUUUUUGCAGGAUUUUUAAUGGGACGUAUUAAUUUUUAU